AUGAACACGUUUGGGUUAGGUGCUUUGUCUAUCAUUCCACCAGGUCAAAUUGAUCAGCCAUUGGUUGCUACCAAUGCAGAGAGUUGGCGCUCAGAGAUCAAUUCCUUCCACUAUAACAUUCAAAUUGGUGAGAUGACACCAACUUUAUUUGAUGUGUACGAUAUUUUAGGUUUGUCUGUGGUUGGCGAGCAUGUUACAUGCCGUCCUAUUAAUGCCCUACACAAGUUCAUAGAGGACAAUUUGGGUAUAGUCCCCACUGAAGGCAACUUGACAGCCAUAAAGCAUUCAUGGUUGAAGGCUAAUUUUUGGGAAUUGCCACCUGAUGCAUCCCCUGUGCAAAUAGUCAAAUAUACUCAAGCUUAUCUACUCUUCCUGAUCAGCGUUACCAAUUUCGCUGAUGCAUCAGUUGCAACAGUCCCAACAAGGUACCUGCAAUUCUUUGAAGAUAUUGAGCAAGCUCACAGAUAUGCAUGGGAUGCUGCAGCCCUCGCAUAUCUAUAUCGUUUGCUUGGAAAAGCUUGUACUUUCAAGCGAAGACAUUUCAGUGGUUCUGCCACUCUUAUGCAGGUAAUAUGGAAUUCGUACUUCAAGCUUGAUGAGGAAAUUUCAGAUGAUAGGCAUGAGGCAUUCGAAACUGUAAUGUGCGUAACGACUCUAAUCUUGCAUGAUAUUGUCGAGCCAUACAUGCCAGAUCAUGUUUGCCGCCAAUUUGGAUCUAAACAGGGCAUUCCAAGAAAUCCUUUAUCUGUUGGUAAGAGUGCAGUUCAGGCAAGUACAACCAUGUUAGCAGAGGCACUUACACUUAGACAGAAGUGGUACUCUGAAGUAUAUAAUCGUAUUAACAACACAUUUAAAAUGUUGUCUAAGUUUGUGUCAGUCGAUAUGGAAGAUAUAGAAGCCAGGAUGGAAUUGUUACAACGUGAAGUUAAUGAAUAA